AUGUGCAUUGGUCGUGUGGAUGCUAGUGUGGAAGAGAUCGCGAGUAUCCUUCGCUCGAGCUCCGAGGCUGAACACAACACGGUGAUGAGUGGGUUGUACGCGAAGAGCUUCAUCUUUGGAUCCUAUGAACGUGAGGUGGCGUGCUCUGAGAAUCAAGACGAAGACGACGACGAUGACGUUGACAACGACGAGCAACUCGCGGUCAAGACCAAGAGUUUCUCUCGCACGACUAUCUUGGGGCACAACGAACAGUGGUGCUACUUCGACUACUUCCAACGCACGAAAGAGCACGGAGGCUUCACGAUCUCCAAGCGUGCGUUACCUCCUUCAGAGGGUACUCCAGGACGCAUCGUUGGAGACCAUUCCCGUGUGGAUCAACUGCACGGAUUGAACGCUUCGUACCUCGUCGACGAGAUCCCCAACCAGAAAGAACUACGUGUAGUAUUCCACGCGUGCUACGAAACCACACGCUCCCAAGACAGUGCCAGCGCUUCCCAACGCUCUAAAUCAUUCGAUCAAGGUGAUAACAUCAAGUACAGAUCCCAGCUUCGUCGAUUACUGGCCAUGGCCCAUGGUGUCACCAAACUCCCCACUGUGGUGCGUCGUCGUCGCUUCGGUGCUCAAGUCCCAGUCGAUGUAAACACUGUGCAUGUUUCGAACACUCGCUGCCCGUGCUGCACUCACAGCUUGAAGUUAUCGCUGGCAAUGGCAGCGUCGGCAAUCACCACCCUCAAUCUCGGGUCGCUGAAGUCGAACACCAAGCGCUGCUACUUGUGUGGGUAUCUCGUCUGUGUGGACUGCUGGAACUCGGAGACCAUGGAGUGUUCAGCUGGACGAGUAGCUGCCAUUGUCGUAUGCACGAGAUGCCGUGCGAAUGUUCAAGCUUGCGAAUACUCCGAGGUGUUUGCUGGCACGUCCGCACAGCGAGAGAAACACCGUGGCCCACCUCGUGUUGUCGAGGACGCGGCUAACGCUCCGACUGUGUCAUUACUAGUCGAUUUCCUGUCUGCUUCGCUCCUGAACUCUGACGCUGGCAGCUCCGAGCAUGCGGCCGUGAUGACUGUGAUUCGGACUCUUCUCCGACAGGAUUCGGAAGAUUCCGAAGACGAUUCCGACGACGACUGUAGCGACGAAGACAGAAGCGAGUUUGACCGCAAUGAACCCCGCUUCAAGAUACUUGGCGAGACCGACGCCGUGGAAAAGAUAAGCCAAGUUUUAAGUGACAAGGAGCAUCUGCCACCUCUUGAAGAGUGCAAGCUUGGGAACGCUGCGGAGAGGAAUUACGUUUUGGAUCUGCCGGUCGACCCCAAAGCCGCUGUACCUCUUUCCCCAAUCCCAAGCAACGAAGCUGAUCGAAUCGCCAGCUCAAAGGCUUCGGGGAUUCUACAACUCGCUGGUAUUCUAGCCCCCAAGGAGAAAAACGAAGACGCGAAGAGUGACGACAAACCGGAUAUUCAAGACCUGGAGCUGCUGUGUAGUUUGGCUGUCAAGACGAUGGGCUGCUCGUAUUCCUUCGUGACGGUCAUGGGUGAAACGGAUGAGCACGUGUUGGCUAGUACACAUCCCGAUUUCGCUGGUGCCGUUGUGCCACGUGAACAGACGACGUGUCAGCACUUGUUGAUGUCGCCACACCCAUUUAUGGUAGCGCACCAUGAAGCCGAUGUACGCUUCCAGAACCAUGGACCGACCUCGUCAAUCCCUAUUCGGUUCUACGUUGGCUUCCCUGUUAAGGUUCCGCUCGUUGGAGGCAAACCUGGCGAUCCGGAGAUGAUCGCGGCGACGCUGUGCUGCGUCGACACGAAGCCCCGAGUUGAGAUCACUCGCACUCAAUACGCGACGAUGACGCGACUUGCAAACACUACCAGAACUUUUCUACUACAGAAAAGUCAGCAACUUCAGCUGGGGGAAGAUCGAACUAAAUAA